UGCUCAAGCUUGAUGAAGAUCUGCUUUACAUCUGUUAGAAUGGAAGAUCUUCUGCUCAAACCUGUCAGACAUGUCACUGGUUUUUCUAACACCCUUGUGGCUGCAUGAAUCUCCAUAAAAUCUAGUGGAACAUCUUUCCCAGAAGAGUGGAGAUUAUUAUGAGACAAUUGGAGACUAAAUGUGGAAUGGGAUGUUCAGAAAUCAUAUACUGAACCCAUAAUUACGGGUCCUUGAGUUUUAUUUAUCUUGGUAACCAGGUAUCAUAUUUCAAGUCAACAAACAUCAACCUGAAAAAAUGUGAAGGUGAGACGUAGCUGCACCCUGUACAGAUCUGAAGUAGGUUUAGUGAAAGCUGGUGAAUUUGACCUUGUAUAACAUUAAGGUACUAAUUCAUCCGUUCAGCUUCUCCGUCUUUUCUAACGAAGCCUACUGCUUUAUUAUAUUUGUGUUUGGUAUCAUAAUCCUUCUGCUGACUUUAUCACUGACUCUAUAGAAUAUUAUAUAGAAUUAUUGACCUCUUAUCUCUAAAGAUUAAUCAUCGAAUAACCAGUUCACCGACACACCAAAAGCAAACAGGCAGCGACACGUGUUCUGCAGAUACGUGUGGGUGUGUGUAGGUUUUAUUGAUUUGUUUUUUUUUUGUUUUUUUUUUGAGUGUGUACCUACACUGCUUUCACAUCAGGUUCACUCCAUCCAGACCUUUUCUCUUAUGGAUGUGUUUUUUUUCACCUUUGUUUGUUGCUAUAGUUAUGACCCGGUCUCCAGGACAACUGAUGACCAGGGAAGAAUGACGAGAUGUUCCGCCUCAAGUCCAAUUUUGCUUUGCGUUGAGUUUUUUUUUUUAUGAUGACACACUGUUUAGUAGUGAACGAAUGAUGUCGUCUUCUACAAAAGGACGAAGAUACUGUAUGUAUGUUUUAUUAGUUGUCAGAUUAUAGACAGGUUUGGUUUUAGACACCUAAAUUCAACACAUUCUACACUUCAUCUGAGCAACAUGAAGUACAAAAUAAUACCUGAGAUCAAUUUGUGAUCUGAUUCCAUACUUGAACACUGGAGCAGAUCUGAUUUACACUUUAUGGAAAAAAAGUAUUGGGACACCUGACCAUAAGACCAUGUUCUUUUUGAACAUCCCAGUCAACAUUUAGUCUCUGGCUCUGAUAUUAACCUCACUCAUCUGGGAAGAUGUUCCACUACAUUUUGGAGUGUGCUUGUGGAGACUGGAGAUUGGGACACCUGACUUUUUUGACUCUAUUGCAGAAGAUCUCCUAAUCCAACCAAUGGGGGUUUUGUUAUGCUGAAACAGGUUUGUGUCUCCUAGUUUGACUAAACAAGAACAUCCUACACAGUUAUGUGCCUCUAACAGUUUGGCGAAGAAUGACAUAUGUCUAGAAAAGCCCGGUGUAUCAAUAUUUCUUGUCAUUCACUUUAUCUACAUUACAGAUGUAAUGGACAGGGAUGCCAAUUUUCAUGCUAGAACAGGUUUGGGUCUCCUAGUUUAAGUGAAGAUAAAACUUUGCCUCCCCAUCCAAACAAAUCCUAUACAUUUGUGUGUGCUAUACAACUUGGUGGGGAACCAUUUCUUUUUAUAUAUAUAUAUAUAUAUAUAUAUGCCAAGAUGACAACUGCCUUGCAGAAGGUGAAGGUGAUGGAGUGGCCAAGUAUGUCUCCAGACCUGAACCCUAUUGAGCACCUGUCUGGAUCCUUAAGUGGAAGUUGGAGAAGCACCAUGUGUCCAACAUCCAGUAUCUCUGUGAUGUCAUUAUGGAGGAGUGGAAGAGGAUCCCAGCAACAACCUGUGCAGCUCUGGUGAAUUCCACAGCCAGGAGGAUUAAAGCAGUGCUGGAGAACGAUGGUGAAUAAAGACGCUAACAGGCACAGUUCAGAAGCGGAGUGAGGAGCGUUCAGCUGGACGGGGAUGAAGCGCUAGAGAGCUGAGGAGAACCGCAGGAGAACUGAAAAGAAACACAGCAUCAGAACAGAAAAGCAGCUGUGUUUCAGUGGUUCAGACUCUGAAGAAUCAUGUGGGUUCUGGAGAAAAUCCGGAGCUCAGUGGAGAACAACGCUCCCCGACCUGGUGAGGCAGGAGACAAACAGGACAAAGCACCCAUCUACAGCAACGUUCUUACACCUGAUAAGAUCCCCGACUUCUUCAUCCCUCCUAAGCUGGUCAGCUGCCCACCAGAGACUGAAACCCCAGACGUGAAGCCUAAAGAUUGUCUACGGCCUUCCACCUCCGAGCAGACCAUCGGCAACAAAAUCAUUAGCCCUCGAAGUCCACGCCUGGUCAGCAAACUAGCCGGAGACACCAAAAACCUGCUAAGAGCUGCCAAUCGUCAUAUAAUUCAAAUUGAGAGUGCAGAUGAUGUCGUCGCUGGGGACACCAAUGCUGACCCUCAGUCCCAGACAGCUAUGUCUCUGUCAUAUAUUCCCAAGACUCAGACCUCCUACGGAUUUGCUACGCUAAUGGAGAGUCCUCACACCCGGCGAAAAGAGUCUCUGUUUCACUGCGACCACACGAGUCCCGUCACGUCCCCCAAUACCCUUCGCAAGUCACCGGGAAAGACCUGCAUUGAAGUUAAUCAUCUGAACCCUUUAGAUUUCAAUACGUCUCACAUCAACCCGUAUCGCUACUUUAGUGGAGGCGAGAGCGACACGUGCUCCUCAGCUGAGUCCUCCCCUUUCAGCUCACCCCUGCUGUCCCGCUCUGCCUCCUUGCUCAAGAUCUUCACCCAUGAGACUCAGGCCAAAGUGGUUAAAGCUAAGAGGACGUUCGCUCGGCACAGUUCUCUCUCCACGGACGAGUGCAGCUCUGCAGAGCCCAGCCCCAGCGUGCCCAGGAGGCUCCACUCUUCCGCAGGUGGUGGAACUCUGGAUCAUCAGCAUGGGAAGGACAGACAAAGAGAGCACAUGGUGAACCUCCACAAAGGAGGCAUAGUCCGGCUGAGUGCUGAUUACGACCCGGGAACGGCACGUUUGCGCAUCCGAAUCAUUGCAGCUGAGGACCUUUAUGACCAGACGUUUGACAUAAAGAGCAUUAACUGCUGUGUGUCACUCUACCUCAACCCAGGCAAGCAGCAGAAGCAGAGAAGCACUAUCAUCAAGAACAGCCGCAAUCCCGUCUUCAACGAGGAUUUCUUUUUUGAUUCUGUGAGCUCGGUUCAGGUGAAAAGCCUAGCUCUGAAGAUCAAAGUGGUGAACAAGGGCACCAGCCUGAAAAGGGACAGCCUAGUCGGGGAGAGAGAGGUUCCUCUGGGGAAGCUUCUGCCUGGUCUUUAAGACUACAUAAGGGCUUAUGAGGGCUUAGUGCCCUGAAAGGAGGACCUUUAAUGUACCUUUAAGUAAAUAGCUAAUCAUGUUAGUGUGUAGUGUUAGCAGCUAGCAUGGCUACAACUUACACUUUGGUUUGGUGUUUUAUUAGUAAUAUAUAUAAAUCUGGUAUUUUAUUGUGUUUAUUUUUACUUAUUUAUUUGUAAGCAAAUGAUGUUUAUAAGUCUGACCAAGGAACUAAUGAGAGUUAAAAGCUAUAUGUUAUGCUUUUAUUGUUUUAUCUAAUCAGAAAUUACACCAAAACUCAUUAAAAAAAACCUGAUAAGGUCAAAAGUAUUGGAACACCUGGACUUUUUAUAGCUGUGUGUAGAUCUUUAACAAACUGUGAUCACAAAGUUGGAAGCGCACAAUUGUUGAAGUGGAAGAUCUCCUGCUGUAGAGCUCUGACCUCAACCGUAUUGAACAUGAUGAAUGUGAACUG